CACAUAGGAUAACGUCAUAACACUUUGAUCUGCUUUAAAGACUAAGACAGUCAUAUCUGUUCUCAUUCAAGCAAGUUAAAGAGAAAAAGAUAGGAUCUUUUUAUUGCAUUGGAUAUUUGUAAGCAUUUAAGGAAAUAUAUAAAAAGAGGAAGAGACUAUGCGACUAACGUUAGAGUUUAUACGUGAGUUGAUAAUGAAAGAUGAGUCCGAUGUGGUGAUUACUAAUGUAGAAGAAGAACCGGGAUCAGGAAGGGGUGAUAAUUAUACAUCAAUGUUAUAUCGUAUUCGUGCUAAAGGCAAGAAACAAUUCAAAACUGGAAAAUGGGAUAAUUGGGAAUGUGCAAUCAUCUAUAAAGUUUUGCCACAAUCCAAGGAACGCAGGGAAGCUUUUAAAAGUGAACUUCUGUUUCGUAAUGAAGUUGCAUUCUAUACAUAUGUUUGGCCCGCUUUAAAUCAGUUACAGAUAAAUGGUAGAAAGGUCUUCAAUGGUAUCGCUAAAAUUUAUGCUGCAAGAACAGAUUUUAUAGCAAUGGAAGAUUUAAGGGAACGAGGUUUUAAAAUGGCAGAUAGACAAAAAGGUCUUAAUUUUGAACAUUUAAAGCUUGCAUUGAAAUCUUUGGCUGGUUUUCAUGCGCUUAGUCUAACGUUAAAAGAAACCAGACCGGAAGAAUUCUUAAGAUUAUCAAACCCGAAUGAUGGCAAAGGUAUACAAGAAGUAUUAUUUCGUAUUGAGAAUGAAGAUUGGUAUCGACAAUAUUACAAAACUGCAGCUAAUAAUGCCAUAAGAAUGGUAUCCGAAGGUCUUCCUGAGUGUAUGGAAAAUAGGAGAGAAGAAAUUAUGGGAAAAUUAAAAGUAUUUCUAAACGACAAUGUCUUUUUCCGUACAAUGAGUGAACUUGCUGCUGCACAAGGUCCACUCACUGUAUUUUGCCAUGGUGAUUGUUGGAUCAAUAAUAUUCUUUUUCGAGAUCAACAAGAUUCUGAUACCGAAGACAUUUACUUAGUCGAUUUUCAACUAAGUCGAGUCGGUUCCCUUGCUCUUGAUCUUGCAAAUUUAUUGUACUGCUGUACAAGUGGAGAAGUUAGGCAGACGUAUAUGACGCAAUUGCUUCAACAUUAUCAUUUUCAUUUGAUGUCGUCACUGCAUAUACUUAAUCCAGAGCAACCACCAAAAAAUGCUUCUAUUAUGUGGGAAUUAUUGAAUAAAGAGAUGCGAAGAUGUGGACGAUUUGGUGUCGGUUUAGCUUUGGAUAUUUUGCCAAUUAGUACGUGUGAAAGCAACGAAGCUCCAGAUUUGUACGAAAGAGCAGAAACUGGUAAAGAAGCACCACCACGACCACCACAACCGGGAGCUAAAUGUGCUAGAUUGAUGACUGAUUUAGUAUUGGAAUUGAUACACAAUCAUGCUUUAUAGACUGAUCAUUGAAAAAAUUGUCGUAGAAAAAAAAUAAGAA